UACGGAGUCUCUUGUACGUCCAGAUGGAGCACCACGUUGUCGUCCGUCAUCUCCCCCUGCAAAACUGCACAUCUGGAGGACGGUAGAGUUCAUACUUCGUGAAGAUCCUGACGAGAUCCUCCUGAUGCAGAGAACAGUUUUUGUUCAAGUUGCCAUGGCUUUAAACGGAGCAGAGGACCUUCUGUACAGCUUAAGCUGAGGAUCUCAGCGUGCCAUGCGGCAUCGUUGCUCUCUGAGUCAUCUUUGCUGUUGACAGCAUGGUUUGGUUUACCUGGCCCACAGACAACUUGCUCUGCAGGUGUCCUGGCCUCUCCAUCACUGUGUGGCUGACACUCCUGUUUGUCCUAAUAAUUGCUCCAGCUGUGCUUGGAGGCUUUUUUAAUAUUCAUACUCUCUACGUGAGGACACUUCUCAAGAUAUUUGAGUGGACUUCCUUACUAAUGGACAAAAGAGCAAAGAAUACAAAUCAGCACAUCCACAAGCCAUGUCUCAGAGGCAUCAUAGCAAAAGAUCCACCUUUAUCUUUGCAGCAAGCGAUCCAGGGGUUUGGAGGUUCUGUCAGCUGUCAACACUCAAAGCCAAAGUUUGAGAUGUCUGACGUAUUUUAUUUCAACCAGAGAGGUGUGGAGAGCAUUGUAGAUGAUGAGUUCACCAAGUGCUUUUCGGCCCAGGAGCUAGAGAGCUGGAACUUGCUGACUCGAAGCAAAUACAACUUCCCUCCCAUAAGUCUGAGACUUGUAGUCCUCUGGAGUCUGGGACUUCUAAUCCGCUAUGGCCUCCUGCUGCCUCUCAGAGUAAUGCUGGCAGUCACAGGGAUUGGUCUAUUCCUUAUUCUGAGCACCCUGGUGGGUUUUCUGCCUAAAAUACAGUUAAGAUCCUACCUGAGUGAGAGGGUUCAUUUGAUGGGUUACCACUUCUGUAUUAGAUCUCUCACAGCAAUCAUCACCUAUCAUGACAGGGAAAACAAACCAAAGAAUGAUGGCAUCUGUGUGGCAAAUCACACAACACCAAUUGAUGUGAUAAUCUUGGCCAAUGAUCACGGCUACUCUAUGGUUGGCCAGGUGCAUGGAGGCUUGCUGGGAAUGAUCCAGAGAGCGAUGAUCAAAUCUUCUCCUCACAUCUGGUUUGAAAGAGCAGAAGUCAAAGACCGACAUCUGGUGGCCCAAAGGCUUAGUGAUCAUGUUGCUGAUAAGACCAAACAGCCCAUCCUUGUCUUCCCUGAAGGCACUUGUGUUAACAACUCGUCAGUGAUGAUGUUCAGGAAGGGAAGCUUUGAAAUUGGCUGCACUGUCUAUCCUGUAGCCAUUAAGUAUGAUCCUCGCUUUGGAGAUGCUUUUUGGAACAGCAGUAAGUUUGGUUUAGUGAGGCAUCUUCUGAGGAUGAUGAGCAGCUGGGCAAUCGUCUGCAGCGUUUGGUACCUGCCACCAAUGAACAGAGAGGAAGGGGAGGAUGCAAUACAGUUUGCCAACAGAGUGAAAGCAGCCAUAGCUGCCCGUGCAGGAUUAGUGGAUCUCACAUGGGAUGGCGGUCUGAAGCGGGCCAAAGUGAAAGAUGCUUUAAAAGCAGAGCAGCAGAAACUUUACAGCAAAGUUCUUUUAGGUGAACACAAAGAGCAAAGUGACAAACUUGGAGAAGGUGGAAAUCCAGGAUAAAAUAACGGCAACAGAUAUGAAGAAAAGUGACAACAGACACUGAAUGUACAGUAUAUCUGUUAUUAUUAAAGACUUGUGUCUAGUUCAACA